AUGAAAUGUGGUCUCACUGACACUGAAACAUGUCUGAAGGCAGUGACCCUUUUUCUGUCAGAGGGGAACACAGUGUUCAGCAUUCAGUCUGAUGGAAAGGUCUUCGUUAAUAGAAUCUAUUCACAGCUACCACUUUCAACUGCGGGCGUGAUGAUUUUCAAACCCACCACAUUUUUCAUCAUCGUCCAGACGUCUUUUGGCCUUGAACUGGAGAUCCAACUCAUACCAGUAAUGCAGGUUUACAUUAAAGUUGAUGUGAGUCACAAGCAGAAAACCAAUGGUUUGUGUGGGAACUUUAACAGUAUUCAAGUGGAUGACUUCAUAACUGUUAGUGGCUCUCUAGAGGGCACAGCGGUGGGCUUUGCCAACGGCUGGAAAACGAGAGCAAACUGCCCUGAUGUUAAGAGCAGCUUUGUGGAUCCUUGCAGUCUCAGUUUGGAUAAUGAGAGAUUCGCUCAGAAAUGGUGUUCUCAGCUGACAGACCCUAAAGGGGUUUUUGCUCCCUGCCACAAAGAAAUCAGCCCUGAUGUCUAUCAAAAGACCUGCAUGUAUGAUGCCUGUAAUUGUGAGAAAAGUGAGGACUGCAUGUGUGCUGCAUUGUCUUCAUACGUACAUCAUUGUGCAGCAAAAGGGAUACUUCUCUAUAACUGGAGAAAUGUCGCAUGCGGGAAAUUUUCCGGUAGCUGCCCCAGCACAAUGGUUUAUUCUUACAGGGUUCAAAACAACAGUCGUUCUUGCCGUUGCCACAGCGACCCGGACUUCACUUGUGGUGUCAGAUUUGAGCCUGUAGAUGGGUGUGUUUGUGCAGAGGGAAUGUACCUCGAUGAAGAAGGACAAUGUGUUCCACCAGAUAAUUGUCCAUGCUACGUCAAAGGAACAGUUAUUUCACCAGGGGAAGUUAUCAAUAAGGAUGGUACUAUGUGCACUUGCAAGGGUGGGAAACUCAGUUGCACUGGACAGAGAAUUGGUCGACCAUCAUGCCCCAAACACAUGGUGUUCUUUAACUGCACUAAUGCUGCCCCUGGAUCUACAGGAUCUGAGUGCCAAAAAAGCUGCAACACACUAGAUAUGGCAUGUAUUAGCACAGAGUGCAUCUCUGGUUGUAUGUGCCCUUCUGGACUGGUAUCAGAUGGCAGAGGUCACUGCAUUGAAGAAGACCUUUGUCCAUGUAUUCACAAUGGCAUUGCACACCAACCAGGAGACACAAUCAAAGUGGACUGCAACACCUGUACCUGUAAGGGUAAGAAAUGGAAAUGUACCAAAAACCCAUGCCAUGGAACUUGCACAGUUUAUGGGGAUGGCCAUUAUAUUACAUUUGAUGGGAAAAGAUAUACAUUUGAUGGAGUCUGUGAAUACACAUUAAUCAGGGAUUAUUGUGGUCAUGCCAAUGCCAGUGGUACCUUCAGAGUUCUCACUGAAAACGUACCAUGUGGUACUACUGGUACCACCUGUUCUAAGGCUGUCAAAGUCUUCCUUGGGAACAAGGAGCUCAAACUGACCGAUGGAGGUUAUCAGAUUCUUCAUAGAGAUGAGGGGGAGGAAAUUCCAUUCCAAAUUUGGAUAAUGGGAAUUUAUAUGGUCAUUGAAGCAAAUAAUGGACUUAUUGUCAUGUGGGACCAGAAGACAAGUAUGUUCAUCAAACUCAGUCCAACAUUUAAGGGUACUGUUUGUGGUCUUUGCGGAAACUAUGAUGGGAACGCAAACAACGACUUCAUGUUGAGAAGUCAAGAGGUGGUAAACAAAGCCUUGGACUUUGGAAACAGUUGGAAAGAGUCCUCCAGCUGUCGUGUUGCUACUGAAAUUAAAAAUCCCUGCUCAAAUAACCCUUACAGGCAAUCAUGGGCUCAGAAACAAUGUAGUGUCAUCAAGAGUGAAGUUUUUACAGUAUGCCAUUCUCAGGUGGACCCGUCUCCUUUCUAUGAAGCCUGUGUGAGAGACUCAUGUGCCUGCGAUAGUGGUGGGGAUUGUGACUGUUUCUGCACUGCUGUAUCAGCCUAUGCACAAGCCUGUAAUGAAGCUGGAGCUUGUGUUACCUGGAGAACACCUCAAAUAUGCCCAUUAUUCUGUGAUUAUUACAACACCCCUGGUGAAUGUGAGUGGCAUUACAAACCUUGUGGAGCUCCUUGUAUGCAGACCUGCAGAAAUCCAACUGGGCGUUGCUCCAGUCAGAUACCAGCACUUGAAGGCUGUUACCCCAAAUGUCCCCCUGGACAGCCUUACUUUGAUGAGGAUACAAUGAAAUGUGUGAAGAGGGAGCAAUGUGGCUGUUAUGACAAGCAGGGGAAUCAUUAUGACAAUCAGGAGAGAGUUCCUUCGACAGAAAACUGCCAAAUAUGCUAUUGUAAUUCCAUGGAGAUCAGCUGCAAAUACAACGUGUCUGCUUGCACCUGCACAUUCAAAGGGGAUAUGUAUCAGUAUGGAGAUACUAUAUAUAAUACUACAGAUGGGCUUGGCAGCUGCAUAACAGCUGUCUGUGAAGAAGAUGGAAUAAUUAAAAAGAAUUCCUACCCUUGUCAAACAUCACAUCCAACAACAACCUAUACUCCAACUACUGUCUUUAACUUCUCAAUUAACAACUUCAAGCAUACCUACACCACCAACUGCAACAUCAUCCGUCCAGAGUUCCUCAAGAAGUACAAACAUAGCAUCAACUCUAACAGCAACAAUGUUGACUACUACACAGUCAACAACUUUACCAAGCACAACUAUACCACCAAAUCUACAACAUAUACUGCUACACAGUCAACAACUUUAACAAGCACACUUACACCACCAGCUGCAACAUCAUCAGUCCAGAGUUCCAACAUAUCUUCAACUCUAACAACAACAUAUUCAACUCUUUCAACAAGUACACCUACACCACCAGCUGAAACAACUACAAUCCAGAGUUUGUCCACUAAUACAAGCAUAACCACAACUUCAACAACAAAAUCUAUUGCUACACCAGCUGCAACAACAGCAGUCCAGAGUUCCUCCACUAGUACAAGCAUAACCACAACUCCAACAACAACAACAACAACAAGAACAACAAAGUUUACUGCAACACCUUCAAAAACUUCAACUGGCAUGCCUACCCUACCAGCUGCAACAACAACAGUCCAAACUACCUCCACUAGUACAAACAUAUCCAUCACUCUAACAGCAAAAACUUUGUCUGCUACACAGUCAACAACUGCAACAAGCACACCUACACCACCACCUGCAACACAAUCAGUCCAAAGUUCCUCCACUAAUUGGAUGGACUUUGGUGGCCCAACAAAAGAUUCUGAAGGUGGUGAAAUAAUACCAAUCAAAAAAAUAAUUGAAACCUAUCCAACCAUCUGCUCAGCACCAAAGGAAGUGGAAUGCCGUUCAAAACUUUACCCUGGACUUCCUCUGUCACAGCUUGGUCAGGUUGUGAAAUGUAAUGCCAAAGACGGACUUGUGUGCUUAAACAAAUACCAAACUAUUACACAACAAUGCAUGAACUUUGAGAUUAGAGUUUCCUGUUGUGAUGGAAAAUGUGGCAGUACUACAACACAAUCACCAACUGCAACCGCUACUUGGCUGUCAUCUCCAAAAACAAUGUCUACUACAACACCCACGAAAACAUCAUCUUCCAUGACACCGAAAACAACUGUGCUUACUCCUACUCCUGGAUGCCUUUGCCAUUGGUCAGAUUGGAUAGACUUUGGUGGCCCAACAACAGGUCCUGAAGGCGGUGAGAUAAUACCACUUAAAGGAAUAAUUGAUUCAUAUCUUACUGUCUGCACAGCACCAAAGGAAGUGGAAUGCCGUGCAAAACUUUACCCUGAACUCUCUCUUUCACAGCUUGGCCAGGUUGUGAAAUGCAGUACAAAAGAUGGACUCGUAUGUUUGAACAAAAACCAAACUAUUACACAGCAAUGCUUUGACUAUAACAUCAGAGUAUUUUGCUGUCAUGGAAAAUGUGGUGGUUCCAUACAGGCACCAGCAACAAUUUUCAUGACACCAAACAUAAUCACACUUACUCCAACCCCUGCAUGCAAUUGUCAUUGGUCAGAAUGGAUGGACUUUGGAGGGCCAACAACAGGUCUUAAAGGUGGAGAAAUAAUACCAAUUAAAAUAAUCACAGACACAAAUCCAACCACAUGCUCAACACCAAAGAAAGUGGAAUGUCGUGCAAAACGUUAUCCUGGACUUCAUAUUUCACAGCUUGGCCAGGUCGUGAAAUGUAAUCUUCAAGAUGGACUUGUUUGCCUAAAUAAAAAUCAAAAUAUUACCCAGCAAUGCUUUGACUAUGAGAUGAGAUUGUUGUGUUGUCAUGGACAAUGUAUCAGCACAUCUCUACCAUCAUCAUCGACACUAACCGUACACAGUCCCUCCACAAGUACAAGCACAAGUACAACUGUAGCAUCCCCAACAACAGCUAUGACUACUACCAUUUCCCUAACUGCCAAUGCAUCCACUACUCCAAAAGAAAAUACAUUUCCUUCUGAAUGUACUUGUCAGUGGUCGGAUUGGAUUGACUUUGGUAGCCCAACAACAGGUCCUGAGGGUGGUGAAAUUAUACCUAUAAUGGAACUGAGAAAUAAAAAUCCUAACAGUUGCUCUGUUCCAUUUGAAGUUGAAUGCCGUGCAAAACUUUACCCUGGACUACUUCUUUCACAACUUGGCCAGGUAGUGACGUGUAAUCCUGAGGAUGGACUAGUUUGCUUAAACAAGAACCAAGCAGUUACACAGCAAUGCUUUGAUUAUGAGAUUAAAAUACUUUGUUGUCAAAGACUGUGUGGAAGAACAUCAAGAUCAGCAGUUAAUUCACGACUAAUUCAGUAUUUGUCCUCCAACACAAUAAUCACCACAACCACAAGUUUGCCAGUUAUCACAGGUUCAACAAAAGGUCACAUCACUGCACCUCAAGAUUGUGCCUGUGAAAUUUAUGGUUAUAAAUAUGAGCCAGGAGCAGCAAUUUACAAUAAAACUGAUGGUGAUGGAUGGUGUUAUAUUGCAAAAUGUGUCAAAACAGAAGAGAAGUGUGAUGUGAUAAAAUUAUCAGUACCCUGUUUAACAACAGCAUCACCAUCAGCCUCCACAGCACUGACAAGCAACUGUGAUAAAUAUAUUACUCUUACAAAUGGUGAAUUUAUUAAUGAGGGAAAUUGCUAUACUGACACAUGCAUCAAUGGUACAAUCAAACAUGAAGCAGUGCAGUGUGAACCUGUGGAGUAUCCUGUGUGUGAGAACAAAUAUCCACCACUGAAAGUCACCGACAAGUCUGGAUGCUGUUUUAAGUAUGAGUGUCAAUGUAUCUGCAAUGGCUUUGGAGGCACACAUUACGUCACAUUUGAUGGAAUACAUUACCCUUUUCAAGGAAACUGUUCUUAUGUGCUUGUCAAAGAAAUUGAUCCGAAGUACAAUUUAAGUGUUAUAAUUGACAGUGCCCUCUGUGAUUCUGACGAUGGUCUUUCCUGCCCCAAGUCUCUGAUAGUUUACUACAAAUCUUUAGAGAUCUUCAUGUCUCAGAAGAUUUCUGGUGGAGUUGUCACAAAUUUGAUUCACUUGAACCACAAGAUGGUAAAUUUGCCGUUUCAGAAUAAAGACUUCCGUGCCAUACAAAAUGGCAUAGAAUCUUUUUUGUUCAUACCUGAGAUUGGUGCACAGAUCACUUUUACUGGCAAACUGUUUUCCAUCAACCUCCCUUGGCACAAGUUCCAUGGUAACACAGAGGGCCAGUGUGGUACGUGUGAUAAUAACCAAAGAGACGAUUGUCGCUUGCCAGAUAGCACCAUUGUAUCAUCUUGCCAAGACAUGGCUCCAUAUUGGCAAGCUCAUAAAAACAACAGCUUCUGUACCUCACCAAGACCUGAGCCCACAUCAAAACCAUGCCCUCCUCCUGCAAUAUGCAAAAUCAUUGAAAGCAAGAUCUUUGAGAAAUGCCAUAAAUUCAUCCCUCGUGAGCCAUACGUUGCAGCAUGUAACUCAGAUGUAUGUCACAUGAAGCAUGAGACCAUUGGCUGUGGCAGCCUGCAGGCCUACGCUGAGCAAUGUGCUAUGGCAGGAGUAUGUGUAGAAUGGAGAAACGCUACAAAUGGAGUGUGUGAUUUUGAGUGCAAUAAGCCACUGGUAUAUAAAGCAUGUGGUCCUCAAGUAGAGCCAACUUGUGAUGCAAGAUUUAACCUGAAAUAUGCACAUGAGCAUAAAGCAUUCAGUCAUUUGGAAUCAAUGGUAUGGGAGGGAUGUUACUGCCCAAGUGGUACCACACUUUUGAGACCUAAUUCUAAAAUCUGCAUUCCCAGCUGUGAGAUUUGUACCUUACCAGAUGGACGAUGGAAGAAGGCUAAUGAAACUUGGACUAUGGGCUGUGACAUGUGCACAUGUGAGGAGGAAAGUCUGACUAUACACUGUGAGCCUCUUCCUUGCCCCAAACAAGAUCCUGUAAUCUGUGAUCAGGACGGUCAAAUCAGGAUUUCAGAAACAGUAGGCUGCUGCCAGAGGAUGAAAUGUGAGUGUAAUACUAGCCUCUGUCCCAGUAAGAACUUCACUUGCCCCGUUGGAUACAAUAUAGAAAUAAAAAUGGGACUUUGCUGUCCGGUCUAUCGCUGUGUGCCUAAACAUGUUUGUGUGUUCAAUGAUACGGAAUAUAAGCCAGGGAAACCUGUACCCAUUAGCAAAUGUAAGAACUGCCUAUGUAGUGCUAACCCGGAUCGCAGGAGUCAACAACAUUCGAUUGAAUGCCAGCCUGUUCAGUGUGAUACACACUGUCCAAUGGGAUUUGAGUAUAAGACAGUUCCUGGCUGGUGCUGUGGAAAGUGUGUCCAGACAAGCUGUGUCGUUGUUUAUGCAGGAAACAUCUCACACACCAUCCCUGCUGGUGAAGUUUGGGCUCCACCUGGUGAUAAAUGUUCGAAAUUUAAGUGUGUGAAGAUUGGAAUGCACUUCAUUACAACUGAAUUAAAGAUUGUUUGUCCAAAGUUCAAUCCAGAUGCAUGUGUGCCUGGAACCGAGGUCAUUGCUCCUGAUGGAUGCUGUAAAAAGUGCACAUAUUUACCAAAGCAAUGCAAUGUAAGCAAGAUAUCAACAUACCUGGAGAGUAACGGCUGUAAGACGGCAAAGCCAGUGGAGAUGUCUAUAUGCAGAGGGUCAUGUGGCACGUAUUCCAUGUACUCCAUGAAAGAUAAAGCAAUGCAACAUUCAUCUUCUUGUUGCCGGGAGGUCGCAACAAAAGAAAGGAAAGUGCAGCUUAUCUGUCCUAAUGGAUCAAAAGUCAUAGAGAAAUAUAUCUACAUAGAAAAGUGUGGCUGCUUGGAGACAGAGCGACAUAAGCCUUGAUGAACUAGAACUCUUAGUAUACAGAAAUCAGUCUUAUUCUAUUUAUGUCUGUGUACUGAUUUACUUACAUAAAUUACA